CGCGGAGCUUUGUUGCUUCCUGGGACCGUCUGAUACAGAAGUAUCAGAGACUUGUAACUAGGUUUAUUACUGAAUCAGUAUCAGGUUGGGACUGAUACCGAAAAUUGCUGUCCCAACACACCUCUAAUAUCUACUCUAUGAUAAAAGUUUUCUAUAAUAUGUCUCUUCUAUGUGCACCAUUUCAUUCCGUUCCAAUUUUGAAUAGUGGCAACUCGUGUCUUGUUCCUUUCACAGGGAGUCCGCCAUUGUUGGCGAUAGGUAUUUUACGCUUGCACAGGAAAUCGAUUGCCAUCCAAAAUGGUGAAUUUCACUGUAGAUGAGAUCCGGGUGAUGAUGGACAAGAAGAAGAAUAUCCGCAAUAUGUCUGUCAUUGCCCACGUGGAUCACGGCAAGUCAACACUGACAGACUCCCUGGUUUCAAAAGCUGGAAUUAUUGCCAGUGCCAAAGCUGGUGAUAUGAGAUUUACGGACACGAGAAAAGAUGAACAGGAGAGAUGCAUCACUAUUAAGUCCACUGCCAUCUCCAUGUACUUUGAGCUUGAUGAAAAAGACUGUGUCUUUAUUACCAACCCAGACCAGAGAGAUAAAAACGAAAAAGGUUUCUUGAUCAAUCUAAUUGAUUCUCCGGGCCACGUGGACUUCUCGAGUGAGGUGACUGCAGCUUUGCGAGUCACCGAUGGUGCAUUGGUGGUUGUGGAUUGCGUCUCUGGCGUGUGCGUCCAAACAGAGACAGUGCUGCGUCAAGCAAUAGCGGAGCGCAUCAAGCCCGUUCUGUUCAUGAACAAGAUGGACCGUGCGCUGUUGGAACUGCAACUAGGAGCGGAGGAACUGUACCAGACAUUCCAGAGGAUUGUGGAGAAUGUGAAUGUCAUCAUCGCCACCUACAGCGACGACUCGGGCCCCAUGGGCGAAGUGCGCGUUGACCCCAGCAAGGGUAGUGUUGGAUUCGGCUCCGGUCUUCAUGGUUGGGCUUUCACAUUGAAACAGUUUUCCGAGAUGUAUGCUGAAAAGUUCAAGAUUGAUGUUGUGAAGCUAAUGAAGAGGUUGUGGGGUGAGAACUUCUUUAAUCCCAAGACAAAGAAGUGGUCCAAACAGAAAGAUGAUGAUAACAAGCGCUCUUUUUGCAUGUAUGUGUUGGACCCAAUUUACAAGAUGUUUGAUAGUAUAAUGAACUACAAGAAAGAAGAGGCGGCCAGCUUGUUGCAGAAGCUGAACAUUGAGUUGAAACACGAAGACAAGGAUAAGGAUGGGAAGGCUCUGUUGAAGGUUGUGAUGCGAACGUGGCUGCCGGCUGGAGAGGCUCUGUUGCAGAUGAUAGCCAUUCACCUGCCAUCGCCAGUCGUGGCUCAGAAAUACCGCAUGGAGAUGCUGUAUGAGGGGCCUCUUGAUGACGAGGCAGCUAUUGGUGUCAAAAACUGUGAUCCUAAUGCUCCCCUCAUGAUGUACAUUUCGAAAAUGGUACCGACUUCUGAUAAAGGCAGAUUCUAUGCCUUUGGUCGUGUUUUCUCAGGCAAGGUGGCCACGGGAAUGAAGGCACGCAUCAUGGGGCCCAACUACACCCCGGGCAAGAAGGAGGACUUGUACGAGAAAGCGAUUCAGCGCACCAUCCUGAUGAUGGGGCGUUAUGUAGAGGCCAUCGAGGACGUACCGAGCGGCAACAUCUGCGGCCUGGUGGGUGUGGACCAGUUCUUGGUGAAGACUGGAACCAUCACCACCUUCAAGGAUGCACACAACAUGAAGGUGAUGAAGUUCAGUGUGUCGCCGGUGGUGCGUGUCGCUGUGGAGCCCAAGAACCCGGCCGAUUUGCCCAAGCUGGUGGAAGGGCUCAAGCGCCUGGCAAAGUCCGACCCCAUGGUGCAGUGCAUCAUCGAGGAGUCGGGCGAGCACAUCAUUGCUGGCGCUGGCGAGCUGCAUCUUGAGAUUUGCCUCAAGGAUUUAGAAGAGGACCAUGCCUGCAUUCCGAUUAAAAAGUCUGAUCCGGUCGUGUCUUAUAGAGAAACAGUGUCCAACGAGUCAGACCAGAUGUGCCUGUCAAAAUCGCCCAACAAGCACAAUCGUCUGUUCAUGAAGGCGUGCCCGAUGCCCGAUGGUUUACCGGAAGCCAUCGACAAUGGACAGGUGAAUCCAAGAGACGAGGCCAAGGUCAGGGCUCGCUAUCUUGCCGAUAACUUUGAGUAUGAUGUGGUGGAAGCAAGGAAGAUCUGGGCUUUUGGCCCGGACGGUACGGGCCCCAACCUGCUGAUGGACUGCACCAAGGGAGUGCAGUAUCUGAACGAGAUAAAGGACUCUGUGGUGGCAGGCUUCCAGUGGGCCACGAAGGAGGGAGUUCUGUCGGAGGAGAACUUGCGAGGUGUGCGAUUCAAUAUCCAUGACGUCACCCUCCACACGGAUGCCAUCCAUCGAGGCGGUGGCCAGAUCAUUCCGACGACUCGUCGCUGUCUCUACGCCAGUAUUCUGACGGCUGAGCCCCGUCUCAUGGAGCCCGUGUACUUGUGCGAGAUACAGUGCCCAGAGGUAGCAGUGGGUGGCAUCUAUGGUGUGCUGAACAGACGUCGUGGCCACGUGUUUGAGGAGAUGCAGGUGGCUGGAACACCUAUGUUCGUAGUCAAGGCGUAUCUGCCCGUCAACGAGUCGUUUGGUUUCACAGCAGACUUGAGGAGUAACACAGGCGGACAGGCAUUCCCACAGUGUGUGUUUGAUCACUGGCAGAUCCUGCCCGGGGACCCCCUGGACUCUGGUACCAAGCCGUACUUGGUUGUGCAGGAGACACGCAAACGGAAGGGUCUGAAGGAAGGUUUGCCAGAUCUUACGCAAUACCUGGACAAGCUGUAAGAAAAGGGGAUUUUAGGGAGCUGUAUAAAGUAUUAUUGGUUCCAGUUCUUUGGACCUUCAAUAUAAUGUAAUUGCAACACCAAGGAAACAGCAUUGAGACUCCCUGCAGCAAGACAUGCUGUUGAAUUAUAUAUAUCUUUAUUUUAAUUGAUUUGUGUAUAAAGGAGGGGCUGAAGAGUAAAUAAAACGAAGGUAUCGAGUUA